GCGUAAUGUUACGUCAACGAAAAAACGUAUGUAUGCUCAUUCUAAUCUUCAUUCAACUUGUUCACACUCCCAUGUGGUUCCCUCUUUCAUCUUUUCUACGCCUUUAAAUCCCCCCAUCCACUCGUAUUGAAUUCUCCCAAGUGCAGGAGAGAGAGACAUCAAAAGAGCUAUCAAGAAACCAGCUCAAGAAUGAUGGGUUUUGCUUGUUCUCUGAGAAAGAUGAAUGUUUUUAUUGUUUUCUUGUCUUUCUCCUUCUUCUUGAGUGGUUCUUUCUCGGAGGCUCAGAAAGUCCCCGCCAUGUACGUGUUUGGCGACUCUUUGGUCGAUGUGGGCAACAACAACCACAUUGAUUCCAUCAUUCGGGCUGAUUUUCCUCACAACGGUGUCGAUUACCCUGGCCGGAAAGCCACCGGAAGGUUUAGUAAUGGCAACAAUUCUGCUGAUUUUCUUGCUGAGAAAGUGGGAUUGCCGACUCCUCCACCAUACCUUUCCGACAAGAACAAUGUCUUCCUCAAAGGUGUAAGCUUUGCUUCGGGAGGCGCUGGAAUCUUCAACUCCACAAAUAAUGGCAUUAUUAGUAAGGCGCUGCAUCUUUCGGAUCAAGUGCGACUAUUCUCCACGGUGCAACAAAAAUUGGUGAACCAGAUAGGAGCUGCCGCAGCCAAACAGCAACUCUCCAAAUCUCCCUUCCUCAUUCUCAUCGGAAGCAAUGAUCUCAUCAACUACUUCAACUCCGAUUCCAAGCUCCCCAACACCACUCCGCCGCAACAAUUCGUUGAUCAGAUGACUGCCACCCUCAAACCCUACUUACAACAAUUGCACGGUUUGGGGGCACGUAAAUUUGUGAUUCCGGGAGUGCCGGCGAUCGGAUGCAUGCCGUUGCUGCGGCACCGGCACCCGAACAAAACCGGGGAGUGCCUCGACGGAGCAAAUUACUGGGCAAACAAGUACAACCAAGGACUUCAGUCAAUGCUUCAGAGCUUGAAAUCCAGUCUCAAUGACUUCAACUACUCAUAUUUCGACACCUACAAUUUCCUUCUAACCGUCAUUCAAAACCCAUCAACUUACGGGUUUAAGGAAGUGAAAGCUGCUUGCUGUGGAUUGGGGAGGUUGAAUGCUGAGCUUCCAUGCACUCCGAUAUCCAUAUAUUGCUCCAAGAGAAGUGAUUAUAUUUUCUGGGACAGAUAUCACCCCACGGAGACCGCAGCUAGUGUUCUUGCCAGUGCAGUUUUUAGUGGCUCUAAGCAAUAUGCAAACCCUGUCAAUCUCAAUCAACUCAUUUCUCUGUAAUCUUCACCUCAUCACUCACAUGAUAUAAUCAAAAGUGUAAGCAAAUAGCCAUAUAUAUACAACAAUUUUUGUAAACUGGUAUUCGCAUCCUGUUAAAUAAGACUAAUCUGACCGAGUUUUGAUC